GUUCAAUUUUCAUGAUCGGCAAGAUAAAGAUGGCUACACAGUGAAGUGAAAUAAAUAUUUGAGUUUUUAUGCGAGUUAUCGAAUAUUAAUAGUUAAUUGAAGUGUUUAGAAGUUUUAUUGGGCUUCAUUUUUAUUUUUUCUUGGGGAAUUGACGUUAGAGUGUUGUCGCGAUGGCAUAUUCAUGCCCCCGCGACCUGGACGGGUUUUUGCCCCAUAUGGCAAAGAACGAUACCCGUUUGAGGCAGCAAGUGGGCGCGGACCUCCUGGCUUUUCUUGCUGAUCUGUCGAACCCAAUUGUUUGUCAGGACAUCGGGCAGUUAGUCGACUUGCUCAUUCCAUGGAUGCAGAGCAGCAAUUUCAAGGUAUCCAGCAAUGGCAUAGAGGUUAUGACCUAUCUGAUCGAUAGGCUUGGAACAGACUUCAGACCAUAUAUACAGACGGUUCUACCAAACGUUAUUGACAGAUUGGGCGACGCCAAAGAUACAGUUCGGGAAAAAUCUCAACUUCUCAUAUUAAAACUAUUGGAAAGAAACGUGCUUUCUCCACAGACCCUACUGGAAAAAUUGACUCCUUGUUUUUCACACAAGAAUGCCAAAAUUAGAGAAGAAGUUUUAAGAUGUCUUGUUAAUACCUUGAAUGAGCACGGAACCCAUUCCUUAACAUUGAACAAAUUCAUUCCGGAUAUAGUGAAGCUUUUAUCGGAUCCCACAGCCACUGUGAGAGACACAGCAUUCCAAACGAUAGUUGAUCUAUAUAAACACGUUGGCGAAAAGCUUAGGGUGGAUUUGCAAAGGCGAAAUCUAGUCCCCGCAUCAAAGUGGCCAGCUCUGUGUGCAAGAUUUGAUGAAGUUAAAUGUAGUGGGGAAUUGAUGAUCACUGCCUCUAAAAGUGUUGAAAUGGAUGAAGUGGAUAGAGUGGGGCUUUCAACGCCUAUUGCUCCUGUUAAAAAGUCUGUUUUAGGUAGCUCUAUGAAACGAAGUCUAAUAACUCCAUCUAGUGCAAAUUCAGCUGGAGCAGUGGACGAAGACACAUUUAUUCGCUCCUUCGAUGAUGUUCCAACGGUACAGAUAUUUUCCUCCAGGGAAGUUACAGAAAUUUUACGGAACAUACAGGACACAAUAUCCGAUUCCAGUAAAGAAUGGAAUAAAAGACAAGACGCUCUAAAAAAAAUUCGUUCUCUAGUCAAGGCGGGUGCAACCAGCUACGAUGAGUUCUUCACUGGUCUAAAACAAUUGGAAAUUCCAUUGCAAUCAACGAUUAAAGACUUGAGGUCCCAAGUGGUCCGGGAGGCUUGCAUCUCCAUCGCGUAUCUUGCUCAAAAUCUUGGAAAUAAGUUUGAUAAGGCUACAGAAUUGUUGAUGCCGCCUCUGAUAAAUCUCAUACAGAAUUCUGCUAAGGUUAUGGCAACUGCUGGAGCAGUAACGAUUCGUUUCAUAAUUCAAAGCUCCCAUAAUUCCCGAUUAAUACCAAUUUUAACAUCUAACGCUGUGAAUUCGAAAAGUAAAGAUAUUCGUAGGAGUUGCUGCGAAUUUUUGGAGCACAUUCUGACAAAUUGGCCUCCGAACUCUCUGGAGAGGCAUAUUGGUCUCCUGCAGGAAGCCCUCAAAAAAGGAGUUGCUGAUGCAGAUCCCGAGGCCAGAGUAUUUUCCAGAAAGGCUUUUUAUGGUUUUCGCGAACAUUUCCCUGAUCAAGCUGAAAUAUUACUUCAGUCUUUAGAGCUCAGCUAUAGACGAGCACUUCAAGGUGAACCGUCAGUGUCUGCUAGUUCCUCCCAUAAUAAUCUUAGCAGUGCAUUCAAACCGCCUAGGCAAUACACUAGGCAUACUUCAAGUACAGCAGAUUCAGGAAGGAAAGGUCUGCGCAGCAAUUCUGCUAUUGAUCUGCAAGCAGCUCAAAGGGCUAAGGCAAGGGCCCAAUAUGCCGCAAUGGCUAGAAAUAAAAUAGCAUCUGGUACAGCUAGUUUACAUGGAGACGUUGCUUCUCAUCAAGCAAGACCAAGAAAACCCUCUGAUUUGGCAGUUACUCAGUCUCCUGAAAGAACACCUAGGACGAAAAACCGCAGUUCUCAAUCGCAACCAACAAGUAGGUCAGCAUCUCCUAGCUCAAGACUGGCAUACCUGUAUAGGGGCUCAGAUCACGAUUCUUCCAGACCUAGAAGGUUAUCUUCUGGUAUACCUAGAUCGACAACCACCUCCAGAGAUACAUCGAGAGAAACUAGUCCCAACAGAAGUUCACUGAGUAGAUUUAGGAACAGGAGUGAUCGACCUCCUCUCAGUCCUGCUUCUAGACCUGUUCUUGCUCAAAAAAUACUACAGCAGAGUAGGGAAGCUGAAAACGCGUUGGCGGACGCAUUCAAUGACUCGGCAGAUGCCUAUAGAUCUCCGCGAAAAGUCAGCAUGCGUUCAAUGGACGGAGGAAUGCAUUCGGACGAAUCUGAAACUUCCAGCGUGUGUUCUGAACGCUCAUUCGAUUCUUACAAGAGGCCAUGUGACUCGUAUUCUUGGAGUGGUUCCCAACAACGGCUGUCUGGUAGGGACUGGGAACCAAGUCAAGACAUCAACGAGAUAAUCGCACUGUGCACGAGUUCGAUAUGGCAAGAAAGGAAAGAUGGACUAAUAUCGUUGCAACACUACAUGAGUUCGGACAAAGUGAUCAAACAAGCCGAACUGAAGCACCUCACAGAAAUCUUCACCAAGAUGUUCAUGGAUGCUCACACUAAGGGAUUAAGCCUGUUCUUAGACACACUCCAUGAAGUGAUCAAAAUAUACAAAAACGACCUCCACUAUUGGAUCUAUGUCUUGCUUCAGAGGGUGUUUCUGAAGAUAGGCACAGAACUACUGAAUUCGGUCCAGAGCAAACUCAUGGCCACGCUUGAUAUCGUCAGAUCGAACUUUCCCAUACCUCUGCUGAUUUCCAACGUGUACAGAUUCCUGGUCGAUUCUACUCAAACCCCGAACGCUAAGGUUAAGACCGUGGUGCUCAACUACCUUACGACGCUGUGCAAUUCGAUAGAUUCUAGCGAAUUCUCGUUUCAAGCGCCCGCCCCGCAGGCUCUGCAGAAGAUCAUUGUUUUCUCGCAGGAUUCCAAGUCGGCGGAAUUACGAACUGCCGCUAGGAAUUGCAUAGUCGCCAUGUGGAACUGUAAUACGUCGCAGGUGACCAUGAUGCUGUCGGAACUGCCUAGAGACGUGCAAGAUGUUGCUUCCAGCAUUGUGAAUUCGCAUAUGAGGAAGAGCUCGAAUAGCAGCGAACCCAGUAGCCCCUUGGUGGGAGCGAGUCCGAAGGCCAUUUCCCCAAGUACUCCCCCUAACAGGAAUGGUUUCGACCAGGAAGAGAUAUAUCGGAGUUUGAGAAAAACGACUACGGAAAUCCAGAACUAUAGUUACGAAACUUUAGGAACUAAGCUGGAUAGAGAUAGAGAUACCACUUCGCAAGAUUCGGGAAUAUCGCAAAUGUCCUUGGGAAAUGAAAAGGCAGAAAUUGUUGCACUGGAAGAAAAAAUGGAGGAUUUGUCUCUGAAGUCCGGCUCUCAUUCUUUGCCAUAUUGUAAUGUGAACGGUUACUCUAAAACUGAAUCUAAUGGCUUCAGAAGUUUGGGAAUUCCCUGUACAGACGUUGUAAGGAGUAUCUUAGAAAUUUGUGUGAUCGGCAAUCCUACUCCUGCCUACGAAAAAAGAGAACUGAUGGCACAACUGAUCGACUUGAUACAAAAAGGACAAACGGAGAGCAUCAAGAUCAAUUUCAAAAAAUUGUUGAGGAUAUUCUUGGAUCACUUGAAUGAAAAGGGUAACUAUAUGACGCAAGUUGUAGUUUUACAAAUCUUAACUGCCAUAUUCAAAUGUGAAGAUUUGAGAGAAUAUUGGAGGAAUUUUGUUGAAUUGUUAACAUUGAGAGUAUUGGAGGCGCAUUGUCAUGAAAAGAGAGAGGUUGUGAAAAUGGCCGAGAUAACGGCAGCUGCCAUGAGUGUGUGUCCAUUCAACGUAGUGGUCAGUACACUAGCACCUAUAAUUCUUACAAGUCCAUAUCCAUCUGUGUUAGGUGCUAUAAAAAUGCUAACGAAAUUGGUGGAAUCGAAUCCACAUGAACUUAAGGAUGAAUACCUUGAACAAAUUAUGCCAGGACUAAUCAAGGGAACAGAUCAUGUCGAAAGUCCAGUUAGAAAAAGUUCUAUUUUCUGUAUGGUCGCAAUUUAUAAGGCUGUAGGUGAAGAACGACUGGGAGAAUACAUCAGCAAGCUUAGCGCAAGUAAGGUGAAAUUACUCCACUUAUACAUCAAUCGAGUGGAGCAAAAUACGUCAGUACCCACCAGUCCCAAAAACACCGCUACUAGCUAGUCCUGGCCGUGAGUAAAUUGUGAGAACAUGUAAAUUUUUUAGAAUGUACCGCUUGAUGUUUGAGUUCAAACAGUUUCGAAGAUAAUUUUAAUCACUGAUAUUCUGUACAGAUAAUGGUUAAUUAUUCUUCUAAACCUUUCAAAAAUAUAAUCGGAUGGAAGACAAUUACUAAUAUACGUUGAAAUGAAAUGGAAGUGGUUCAUUAACGAGAAUUUAAUUUCCAAUGAGACAGAAUUCACUAAGUUAUUAUUAUUCUUAUUUAUACAUUAUGUAUACAUUAUUUGUGAUAUGAGUCAAUAGAUAAUAAAUAUUUUUAUAUUUCUUUGACGAAAAAAAUUGAGUAUUUUUGCGCAAUUAUAAUUUAUGAGUUUUGCAGAGCUUUGUUGUAUUUAUUUGAGAAUAGAAUAUCAGUGCGUCAACGGAAAAAACGUUUGAUGAUAAACACACACAUUCUCUUCGCUAUAAAAUACUGAAAUUAUGAGUAGACAAGUAAUUUGAUGUAUAUUCCAAAAAAAGCUCAAACAUAUCACAUUUUUAUUUUGACAACAUACUUCCAUCUCCUUUUGCUGAAUCACAUGUUCAUGGGAAAAAAUCCUUUUUUUCAUUAAUCGAAAAAAUACUUGUUCUAGUCGCCAAUAAUAUUUCAUAGUGAAUUCAAAGGAAAAUUGUUGUUUAUGAAUUUUGCAUUUUCAUUUUGGAGUAAAAUGAAAAAUGUAUUUAUUUUUUGUUACAUUUUCUUAAAAGUAUAGUGAAGAUGUUUUUUCGUAAUAUAAAUGCACUUGCUACAUUUGGAAUUUUUCAUCUUAAAAUUUCAAGAGACGAAGGUGUGUUUAAAUCUUUGAGAAUGAACUGUUUUAGCCAGUGACAGGAAUUGUUAAUAGUAUGAAAGGGAAUUUAGAAAGCGCUUCUUGUUAUGUGUCUGCAAAUUUGUUGACACACGAAAUUAUUUCCUAGAUUAGAACAUUUUCUAUCAUUAAAUUUUUAUAUAUUUGUUAAUUUGUUCUUUUUUAACCCGUCAUGUGGUUGCAUACUUUAUGAGAGUUAAAUAUUUUAACCGAACAUGUAUAUAUUCGUCAUUGUUGUUUCCAACAUUUUGCACAUGGAAGAACAAACGAACAGAAUUCUCUUUGAUGAACGCUAUAGAAAUUGUAUAUAUUUUCUCGAUUCAUCACUUAGUCAUAUCUAUUACUAUACUAUAUAUGUAGAUUUCCUACUAAUUUCGAGUUGAUUGUGUAGAUUUCAUGAAUGAAAGUGUUUUUUUUUUUCGAAUGAGGUGAAAAUGACGUAAACCAUGUGAUGGUAUGAUUCCCUAGAGACAUUGUCCUGGCAUUUUAUAAACUGAUCAAUACAUUAUUGAUUGCUUUCCACUGAGCCAUUAGAAUUUGCUGCACUUUCAGCUUCAUCAAAUUAUACGUUCAAUUCUGAUUUGAAUAUUUACUGCUUAUUUAAUAAAGGUGUAUUUUUGAUGGGGCGAGGAGGGGGGAAGAAAAUUACGUAAUUUUAUAUGGCAAAUAGAUGUUAUAUCCCAGUGUUUUUGUAACUCAACUAAUAGUAUAUGUUAUAUCACAAACCCAUCUGUUUAAAAAUUAGGCUAUUUUUGUUUAUUAUAUGUGAUAACUUUUAAUAAACCAUGAGCGAGAAAUAUUUUGUAUGCCAAAUAAUAUAGAGCUAUACAAUGUGCUAUACUUUUUAAUAUUUUAGGUUGUAUAUAACACAUUCAUUUUAAGUUAUUUAUAUAAUUGAUAGUAUAUAAAACUUGCUUUCGUUCGUUAUUACAGUGAGAAUCCUCAUCUGAUUUUAAUAAAGUACACUUUAAUAAUCA